UGUAGGUCAGCGCAACCCGCCCUACAGACGAGCCCAACCCAACAGGUCCCCGAACAGGUUUAGUUUUCACUCGGACGAAUUGCACACUCGGGUGGGGCACGUAUUCCUAUAUCUGCUUGGUGAAACGGGACUAUUGUACACAGAGACGCUACAGCGUUGGGUAACAAAGCGGAGCUCUGUAAACACUCGGGUUGUUCUAUCGAUUUUUCCACAACAGUUUGUCGGUCAUGUUUCGCUGUGGAAUCGCGUACCCCCGAUGCAGGUGGAUCCUGCCCCUGCUCCUGCUCUUCGCCAUUAUUUUCGACAUUAUCGCCAUCGCGGCUACUUCGGGAUGGGUCGAGGACGAGGACGCCAAGUCUCACUACGCCAACAUGUGGGAGCAGUGCCGUGGCAGGAACGAUCAGUGGGAAUGCAAAUCACUUAUGACGAACUCUUGGGCCCAGGCUGUGGCUGCUCUGAUGAUCAUUGGACUCCUCAUCCUCAUCCUCGCCUUCAUCGUCUCCUGUGUGGCUCUCUGCUGCACCCUAAACAUCACCCUUCUGCCUUUAGUAGGAGUGCUUCUCUUCAUAGUCGUUGUCCUUCAAAUCAUCGCGCUCAUCAUCUAUCCAGUGAAGUUCAAUGAGCAGAUCUUCGAGGGCCACUACUCCUACACCUGGGCAUACGGCUUCGGCUGGGGGGCCACCAUCCUCACCAUCGGCUGUGGGAUCCUCUUCUGCUGCCUGCCCCGCUACGAGGACGAGCUGACAGGCCUGGCUAAGACCAAAUACAUCUACUCUUCCUCAGCCUAAAAGACUCCCACCAUGCUGAGCAUGAACGAUGCUAUGCUAUGCUGGCCACUGAGCAUUCCCUUCCCCUGCUUUAGUUAUGUUUUAACAAAUGUCCUGAAGCUCUGUUAGAUAAUAACCUGGCCAUGCACAGGUGCUGCGGCUUUUAAGUUUGAGGCUUGAUAUACAGUAUUGCUUUUUUUUUUUUUUCCUUUUUUUUUUGUGCUAACACCGAAAACACGACCAUAAUCGGAUUUCAGAAUUGGAAUGCAUUUGGUAUAGAUUUAUGUUUUUUAACUAUCUCUUUUAUUUUAACUCUCAAUGCAACAUCACCAAAGUGUACUUAAAAAACAAAGGAUGUCAUUUUGUAAAGUAUAGCUUUAAGAUGAUCUAUGUUUCUUAAAUGAAUUUGUCAGAAACAGAAGCAAACUGUCCAUUAUCAAACUUGUCAAACUGCGUGAUGAUCUAUAUAAAUGGGAACUUUGUCAAUUCCUUAAAUGUACUAAAAUGUAUUUUGCAUCGUGUAUACAUCUCAUAGGGUCUAAAUAAGGGAACAAGUAAGAAAAAAUCCAGAUAUAUAAGGGGAAUUUUGUAACUAUAGCAAUCAUAGUAAUGAUGUACUGUCACAGCAGAUAUUUUCAAUUAUUGAUGUGUUUCCAUCCAUUACCUGCUUCCUAUUGAGUGUUGACCUUUGCUGUAUUUGAAUUGUUUUUGUAUGACAUGGGUAGACAUGUAGAGGCACACAAUAGAUGGCUUUUGUGAUCUUGAGGAUAAAGAAUUUCGUUUUCAUGACGUUCUUGAUUCAUUGGUUGUUUCAAGACCCCUGGUCAGCACAUUGCAUGUGGUGUCGUCCCUAACAUAGGAGUAUGAUGUGGACUGUCCAGGGGUCUUAAUAACACUCUUGCUUUCAAAUACCUUCUGUAAUUUAAGAUGCUAACACAUAGCUGUAAGAUCUGAGGAUCUCUCAUACCGACGCCUUACUGUUUUCAUUUUUUUAUUUGUCUUGUGGAAUUCCUGAUCCAAAAAAGUCUCUUACUGUAACGGUUGUUCAGUCAAAACUGGAUGUCAAAAUUCAAGCUUGUUUUUAUUAUUUUAUUUACAAAAGAAAACUGAUGCAAGCUCAGUGGUGGAUUUUAGAUUCAUAUGUUUCUUACUGCUGUAAAAUGAGUCAUGGCAACAUUGGCUAAGAAUAAAAUAAAAUGCAUUCAUUCAA